AUAAGGUUAGAAACGUCAGCGUUGAUGUGUUGUGUUUAGAACUCUUAAUUGUGCAUCUGAAUAAGAGUUUGAUGCUACUUAAAAAUUAGUGAUAAAUUUAGAAUAUACAGUUAAAGCCUUUUUUAUUAAGUAAAAUAUCUGUAUUUAUCAAUAUAAAAAUGAAUCUCAAAAUAUUCUCAUUAUUUGUAGUAUGUAGUUUUUAUUUUACAUUAUUCAUAUCAAAUUGUGAAGCUAAUAAAUACUCAGCUGAAGCUAAUAAACCCAGAAGAACAAAAAAAGUACCUCCAGAGUCAAGUGAUAUUCCAGUUCCAACAUCAAUUCGCGAAUUAGACAAACCUUUUCGAAUGUCUAAAUUGAAUUUAGUAUGGGCCAAAGCUAAACAUCGAUUGACUGAUCCGAAACUUCAAUCACUAUUUAGUGAUUUGAACAUGCAUGACAAAGAAGAAUUGACGUAUAAACAUUAUAGAGCUGAAGGUAAAGACGAAGAUGGAUUGGAAGCAGCAAAAUUGAGAAAGAAGUUGAUUGGCAUUAUGAGUACUUACGGUUUAUUGGAUCACUUUGGUGAAACUGAUAAUCCAGAACUUUUGAAACGUCAUAAACCAUUGAAUGAUGGAAGUAAUUAUGUUCCUAAGGAAUUAUUUGAGGAUAAGCGACUUAAUCAACUAUGGGCUAAGGCAGAACAUGCUGGAUUCACUCAUGAAGAAUUAGAAGCUUUGAAAGAAGAAUUUUCUCAUCAUCAAGACAAAGUUAAUGAAUAUAUGAGCUUAUUAAAAGAUAUCGAUGCUGGAGACCCAGAGACAUAUAAAAAUCGAGUCGAAGAGGAUCAUCCAAAUUUAAAUGAAAUCGACCAUAAAGAAGAAAUAGAAUCUAAUUCAAUACCAAUAAAAAAAGAUGAUUAUAUAUCUAAAGCCAAUUUACUCCGAGAAAAACAUCAUGAAAUUAAGAGUGGCUAUGAUCGUUUAGAAACGCGUACGGCACAAGGUCCUCAUCAUCAAGAAUUUGUUGAACCAAAAGUACAAGGGCUAUGGCGAAUAGCUAAAAAUGCUCAGUUUACUGCUGAUGAGUUAGAUUCUCUCAAGGAAGAACUUCAGCAUUACGAAACAAGAUUGCUGAAAUUACGUCAUCUUCAUACAGAAGCAGCUCUGGAGGCUGCAAGAAAUGGAAAAAAUUAUGAUCCAGACAAUUCUACUAAACAGAAUAUCAAAAAACAUGCCAGGACUGUAGAAAAACUUCAUGCGGAUAUUGAAUCGAGAAUUUUAGAAAGACAUACUGAACUGUAGAUAAAAAAUACAUACGAAUCAUAUUUAGCUUUUUUUUUAUUACUAUAAAUGAUUUAAUAUUUGUUAAAAAGUAUCUAAGAUAAAUAAAUAUUUUAUACGCAGAAUGAUA